AGAAGCCGUACCCAGUUUGGGAUCAAGCAGCUUCUUUAAACCAUUUCAAUCACCAUUUCAAUCAUUUCAACCAGGGCAAAUCGCAGCCAGAAGCGUGAUGCGAUUACUCCUGCUUUGCAGCUUUGUGCUCGGUGUGGCGGUCGCUGACUGGAGGAACGUCGUCUUUGACAGCCCCACUGCCGAGCCAGGCGAGAACCGGGCGAAGCAGCCGAUCAUCAGCGGGGGCAUGCCGAUCGGCAAUGGCGAGACGGCGGCCCUGGUUUUCCCAGUGACUAAGGCCUUGGCAUCGCUCGGACGUGUGCAUUUUUCUUCGCGUGGACUACCGAGGAGCAUCCUGGACCAUCUUGCGAAACAAAAACGCACGACAUGAAAAAAUGUACAAGGAAUGGACGCCCGAGCGACGGCAAGAGGCGUUCAACGCCACGCCCGACUUCGGCUUGCGCGAGGGCGUGCACGUUUGGGUCAGCAUGGCGACUGCGAUGGCAUCGGACCAGUCCCUGAUGUCCCUGGGCGUCGUCAGCAUCGAGACAGAUCCGCCGCUCGGCGUCAGAGAGUUCAGGCAGGCCUUGAUGCUUGAGAACGGCACGGUUGAGAUUUCUACAGCGGUGGGCACCGUAACAUCCUGGGUGGAUGCUCUGACCAAUCGAGUAGUGGUGAGCGUGCGAGGCAGCGGUGACGGGAAGAUGAGCACCCGCGUCAGCGUCCAGUCCCUGCGCCCCAACACCCGGUUCACAUACAACGGCCGCUGCAGCAGCCCGACGUCCGCUGCCGACGAGUGGGUGCAGCCAGCUGGUGCCCACGUCAUCGGCCUGUCACACCGCAAUGAUGACAGCGACGUUGCUUUGCUGAACAAAGCGGCCGCGUUCAACGCCACCCUGGAGCAGCAGGGCUUGGGUGCCUUCGCGGGCCGGCUCCAGGGCUCGGAUCACUGGCGGCACCUCCAAUUUGGGCUCGUCGUCUCCGGCGACGGCUUGACAAAGCAUGGGGGAGCGAGCGGUGUUCUGCACACGAGCGAGGCGCUCAACUCCCUCGAGGUCGUGAUCACCACCCUGUCAGAGCAGACGGCCAGCUCAGUCUUGUGGCAAGAGGACAUCGUCGCGCUGCACGGCAGACACGUUGCAUCAUUUGCUCAGGCAUGGGGGCCGCACCAGGAUUACUGGAGACGCUUCUGGAAUCAGUCGCACAUCUGGGUGUCGGGCAACGGCAACGCCAGCCUCCAAACGCUCACUGAGCGCUAUGCACAGACCCGCUACCUUCAGGCCAUCCAAGCAGGCACAUGGGUUCCCAUCAAGUUUAACGGGAUGCUUUUCACGGCGCAGUUGCCCCCAAUGUCUGAGAUUGGAGGCCCCGACUUUCGAAAGUGGGGCAGCUCGAACUGGUGGCAGAACACGCGCCUGGCGUACUGGAACAUGUUAGCUUCCGGUGAUUUCGAUCUGCUGCGCAACAUCUUCGAGUACUAUCUUCAGAUGAUCGACUUCAUGAACAUCCGCACGCAGGCGGCCUUCAAUCAUACCGGCAUCUACACGACAGAGACGUCGACGUUGUUCGGGGCCUACGAUCCGUGCGACUAUGGCACACCGGCAGCCCAGCGCCAUCCCGACGAGCUCAACUUCGGCUACGAGGAAUCCAGAUUUCUGAAGUACGAUUUCGGAGGCGACGCUGGGCUCACGGAGUUGUGCGCCAUGCUGCUGGAUUUCUACGCGAGCGCGCUGGAUGCAAGCAGCAUGCGGCGCUACAUGCCGCUGCUGGCCGGCACUCUGGACUUCUUCAGCAGGCACUACGGAGAUGUCAUGCAGACCAAGUCAUUGAAGAUCUUCCCGACUCAAGGGCUAGAGACAUACCAGUGCCCGAUAGAGCCAGCGACUCCCGAGAACUGCCCGACGAACGACCACCCCACAGUGGCCGCCUUACACGUGCUGACCGAGCGGGCCCUUGAGCUGCCAGCAGAGCUCUCUACCGAGGCGCAGAGGGCACGAUGGCAGGCACUGCGCGCGGCGCUGCCUCCGGUCCCGAUGAUCGAGGAGGAUGGCGUGAUUGUAGUCUCUCCGUAUGAGACCUACCCGAAGGCCAAGAACGAGUUCAAUUGUGAGACGCCAGAGCUCUAUUCAACGCACCCGUUUCGCUACUUCACGCUGGCCCGCUCGAAGCUCUCAGGGCCUCGCCAGCGUGACAUAGGUCCAUCGAUCUACUGCCUGGAGGAGUCGACGCGCAGGACCUGCCGUAAUGCUGAUCUCAACGUCGGUUGGACGCAGGGGCUCCUGAAUGCCGCUCUGCUGGGCCGCACGAGCAAGGCGGCACGCUUGACGCUGGAGCGUGCGCUCGUGAAGCCAGCAGUGGGUUACCGGUUCCCAGCCUUUGCCGGGCAUUACCAGGACUACGAGCCUUCAGAGGACCACUUCGCGAACAUGAACACCGCCCUGCAGCUCAUGCUCCUGUCGCCAGGCGACGAUGGCCUCGACACAGGCAGCGCCCUGCUGUUCCCGGCGUGGCCCUGCGAGUGGGAUGUGGACUUCAAGUUGGCCGCGCCGCGCCGCACAGUCGUCCGUGGCAGACUUGUCGGCGGCAAGCUCGUGGAGUUCGAGGUGGAGCCCCCCGAGCGCAGAGCGGCGAUCACAGUGCUGCCCUGUCAAAGCGUAGCGCACACCACGGACAUCUUUGUGUGAAGGUCGUGCGCGGUCCAUCGCACGAAGUUGUCGGUGGCCGAACUAGGCAUCCGUGACCAACGAAUCGGGAGCGGUAGGACCGAGGUAAAAGAUCGAGGUCGGUUCUGGGAGGGUACCCUCAUGUUCUUCGUGUCUCUUGGAUGUUCGCGUGCAUCCUGGAGGAGGGUGCCCUCGAAUGCUCUUCAGUUAGGCCGGAGAGUCUCAUGCUCUUGAAGGAGGUGAUUAUGUCUUAGGUCCAGCCGUAGGGCACCGCGCUGUGAGCGACAACAGUCCCACAUGUUGUUCUGGUAGUUGCGCGCGCACAGGCCGGGGACGUUGUGUAUCGUUGGUUCCCUGUGAUGGCCAUGACCACUCAGCAUGAAGUCUCCACCCACCGCAGCUGGUUUGGAGCUGGAUUUGAAAAGAUGCCGCUCUAUUCGUGAGGCCGCUGCAGCCGAUUCCCUGCAGGUCUCCGCUCCAGAGGGGCCAAAGCGUCCAAAAUCCUCGAUCUUCGAUCCGCAGAUUCAAGGGAACUGGGAACCACGAGCGCGCCGCUUUUGGCGCGACCUAGGGCCGCAGGGCUCCUCCUCCUCCUCCCCUCCUCCUCUUCCUCCUUCUUGUCUUUUCACGACUACGACAAUCCCCACGCGGGCGAGGACCAUCGCCAGGGCCACCGACCAGAGGCGCGCACGCG